GAAGGAGAAGACGGGCCUGAGGUGAAAUAAAAAACAGUCUGAAAGGCGGGAAGGCCUCAGCGGCGUCCCCUCAGUCCUCCCGAUGGGCUUGCUGGGCGAAGUGGCGCGGGGCUUGGUGCGCGGCGCCGACCGCACGGCGGCCUGGACCAGCAAGCGGGGCCCGCGGACUUUCUACAAGAGCCGCGGCGCCAAGGACGCGGGCUACAUCACCUCCAACCGCAAGUUCGUGCUGGUGCGGGAGAUGGUGCCGCGGCUGGUGGUGCCGGACCUGCGCGGCUUCCGGCUUAAGCCUUACGUCUCCUACCGGGCCCCCGCCGGCAUCGAGCCGCCCCUCACCGCCCGCGCCCUCUUCCGAGAGACCGCCGCCCCCCUCAUCGAGAAGGACGUCAAGGCCGGCGCCUUCGACCCGCAGCGCCUGGAGAAGUACGGCUUCGAGCCCAGCCAGGAGGGCAAGCUCUUCUCGCUCUUCCCCAAGAACUUCGUGCGCUAACGACGGGGAGGCAGGAGGGACCCGGGGCGAGGCGUUGCCCGAGGAAAGGGAAAGAAUCGCCACGGGACAUGACGCUUAUUAAGCCCCCCCACUCCCCCCCAAAAAAGGACUGGAAAGAGAGAAAAGAAACGGCCGCACCGGUUUUUGGAAGCACCUAAAAAUAGCAGUAAUGAAAAGAAAAAAAGAAAUGGCCACACUGGUUUUUGGAAGCACCUAAAAAAUAGCAGUAAUGGAAAGAGAGAAAAGAAACGGCCGCACCGGUUUUUGGAAGCACCUAAAAAUAGCAGUAAUGAAAAGAAAAAAAGAAAUGGCCACACUGGUUUUUGGAAGCACCUAAAAAAUAGCAGUAAUGGAAAGAGAGAAAAGAAAUGGCCGCACCGGUUUUUGGAAGCACCUAAAAAUAGCAGUAAUGAAAAGAAAAAAAGAAAUGGCCACACUGGUUUUUGGAAGCACCUAAAAAAAAGCAGUAAUGGAAAGAGAGAAAAGAAACAGUCACACCGGUUUUUGGAAGCACCUAAAAAAAAGCAGUAAUGGAAAGAGAGAAAAGAAACGGCCACACCGGAUUUUGGAAGCACCUAAAAAAUAGCAGUAAUGGAAAGAGAGUAAAGAAAUGGCCGCACCGGUUUUUGGAAGCACCUAAAAAAAGCAGUAAUGGAAAGAAAAAAAAAGAAAUGGCCACACCGGUUUUUGGAAGCACCUAAAAAAUAGCAGGAAUGGAAAGAGAAAAGAAACGGCCACACCGGUUUUUGGAAGCACCUAAAAAAUUGCAGUAAUGGAAAGAGAGAAAAGAAAUGGCCGCACCGGUUUUUGGAAGCACCUAAAAAAAGCAGUAAUGGAAAGAAAAAAAAAGAAACAGCCACACCGGAUUUUGGAAGCACCUAAAAAAAGCAGUAAUGGAAAGAGAGAAAAGAAACGGCUUUAGGAUUGUUUGUGAAGCACAUUUUUUUAAAAAAAAGCAGUAGUGGAAAAGGGAAAAAAUUAUGACCCAAAAGGAUUAUUCAGCACCCAAAAGGACAUUGGUGGAGAAACUCACCCCUCAGAAUAAUAUCCAAGCAAGAAAAGAGAACAGAAAAACUUGUUCGUGAGAGAAAGAAAAUCCAUCUGGUGUAAGAAGUCGACUCAAAGAUCAACCCCCAAAAUGUGAUGAUAAGACGUAAUACCGGCAAAAGGCAAGGCUGAGGUCUGAGAUUCAAGGAGGCUUCAAGGAAGAGGCUCGUGAGACAUCCAGACUUCUGGGCGAGCAAAAGGAGAAAUUGAGGGCAAAGAGAGCAAAAAAGAAUCGGUGCUUGGAAAGUGGGGAAUACUUCAGAUCUUGUGUCCUCCGGCAGUUUGGAGAUUCUUCUGUGGAGUCAAAAGGCUUUUUAAGGGGAUGGGUAGCGAGGCACAUUGGUGUAUGUUUCUCUCCUAGCUUUGUUCGUAGGAAGUUGUUGGCAUGCUAUCCUGGCAAGCAAUUCUGCUAGAUGUUCAGAAAACUUGCCAUUUUGUGAGGUCUGGCACAGCGAACACGGACGGGCAUUCAAGACUCUGAGGAAGUGGCCCGCAAUCUCUGCUCGCAUGUUUGUUAAAAUAAUAAAGUGGCAGAUUUUUAGAUAUUAA